AGCCUCCUCCUGCACCGUAGAUAACCCGGAAAUAGGACCGUUGACCCCCAUCCAUUGAUACCUCUCACGUUUCUCCAAUGCUCUUUAUAAACUGUCAAAUUCUGGGCGUUUUCUUCAUGUUGUCGUCGGAAAGUGUGCUGCAUUUGUUAUAAUUAGAAGAAGUAAUUUGCCACCAUGUUUCUCACCCUCACGCUGUUGCGGAAAGGCAUCCCCGGGAAACAGUGGAUCGGGAAGUAUCGCCGUCCUAGACAGAUCACGUGGCAGAUGAAACGCAAUACGCUAAAGCAUCUGGAGCGCGAGGCUGAGAAUGAAUACUGGAUCAGUCGGCCGUACAUGACCCCGGAGCAGGAGCACUGCCACGCUGCCGAGCGCAGAGCCCAGGCCUGGCUCAAGAUCAAGGAGACCAAAUUUGCCAAUUUUCCUGAACACAAGUACAUCACAGAUCACCUGAGUCAUCUCAAAAUCACCAAGACGUGGUCAAAUUAAUUCGAGAAGAGAAAUGACAUGCAAAGACUGUCUUCAUAAUGUGACAAUAUAACAUGUUUGUGUGCAAGAAAGCUCUGUUUUGUUAUGUGUAUUAAUAUGAAGCGGGACAUUGUAUGUCCUGUGUCAUAAAAUUUAACCCUGUAAACUCUUUGGUUUUGGUUCUGUGUGUCAGACUGAAUCCACAUUGCAACAGCUGUAAUUGCUCCACAUUUGUGCAGCUCCUUCAGAUUUAAAAAAAAAACCUGCAUAAAAUUUUAAACCUGAUGCGUGGGACCUUACUUUAGCUCUCAUUAACAAAACACACUUUCAAGUUGAGAAAACCAGGCUUCCCACUGAAUAGAAAAUCUCUAUAAUUAUGUGAACUGUUGAAGUGUGUUCCAUGAGGAAAAGGUUGGAGGAAUUAUGUAAACUGUCUGGGGAGGUUGGGGCAAAAUUAUGUAAUUAUAUGAAUGGUUAAUAUCAUUAAAACACAGCAGAAUACAUUA